AUGGCCGCGCGUGAAUACAGUCUUACGUUCGAACUCGGUCCUCCCGCCUCCGUGCAACCAGGUUCGCCCUUCACCCUCCCAGUUAUAGUGGCCGUGCGCCCCAUUGGCACUCCGUCCCCAAAUACUCACCUCGUGGUAAACCUCUCUUUACGCGACGAAACAAGCACCAACGCCGUCUCUGGCUUAAGCGGAAAUCUCACAGCCAGCGUGCGCAGCCGCAGCGAGUCGUCGACCGGCGGUUACGCCAAAUUCAGCCCCCUGAUGCUCCUGCGACCAGGGAAGUACCGGCUGCGGGCGAUGCUAAGCUCUGCCUCUGUCAACGGGGUCUUUACGAAGGAAUUGGUUGAAUCAGGUGUCAUACAUGUUGACGCGGCUGGUAGUCCUGCCCAGCGACCAACUCCCAACCAGCUGGUAACUUUGGAACGGCUUACGAAUGAAAACCUGGAUAUCUCGCCCUCAGACAUUGCGGCGUGGCAGCGUGCCUGA